AAAACAAAAGAAGACCAUGGCGCACGCCCAUGCAGCCUCGCUCUCAUCGUCCUCCCCCUUCUCAUCCCGUUCGUGUCCUGCUGUUCUCCUGAGCCCUUUGCACAGUCGUUCGUUUGAACAUGUUGGCCACUCAGCGUUAUUACAUUGCCGUAGUUGCCGUUUUCCUUGUUGUUGCGUCCGGCUCUUUUUAUCUAUUCCGGUCAGAUGAACCGGCUGCUUACGAGAAAGUUACAAGCGUCCCUUAUAGAUCGUCGAAAGCUACGUUACGCGACACAAUCACAUCUCUCUUCGAGUCGAUAAAACACGAUCCGAGCGAUCCGGGCUACAUCGACCCGUCAGGGCAAUACUUCAAAGGCGGAGAGGAGACAACAUGGACGAAGCCCUUGGGCAAAAGGGUCCUCAUUGUCGACAUCGACACGCGCGUCCCGACGGGAGAGAACCAAAUUCUCAACCCCGAUAGACUGGACUGGGAGCAUCUGGAUAUGCACGGCGGCGGCCUCGUGUCCAACGCCAUCAUAAACCACUACCUCUAUGCUCUCAUUCACGGGUACGACUACAAAUAUUACCAAGCCCAGCACAUGACCGAUCACCACGACACUUGGAUCAUGCCACAUGUCUUCCGCGAGCUGGUACCCGACUACCAGUUUGUGGUCGCCAUGGACGCUGACGUGACCAUCUCAAACCUCGAAGUCCCGCUCGAAUGGAUGUUUAACCGCUGGGGCAUCAAGAACCACACCGCCAUGGCACUGCCCUGGGAUACCGAAGAACUCCGAGACAACAAACCUAUCAGCGCGGACAGCAAAGGCAUGCGCGUCCUCAACACGGGCUUCGUGGUAGCUCAGAACUCCGAGUUGACACUGGAACUGCUCGAAGCAUGGCGUGAUUGUACAAGCGAGAAGCGCUAUCCCGGCUGUGCGCAAUGGAAAUUCGAGUGGAGCCACGAACAACGCGCGUUCUCCGAGUACAUCCGGUACGACUUUAACCAAACGGCCGAGACAGUCGUCAGCAUCCCGUGCGACGACGCGGUGGGCUGGCCGGGCUUCAAGAAGGACGUCGAGGGCGGCAAUCCGGGCAUUUCCGACUGUAAUGGAAACUUUAUCAGGCACUAUACGCUGGGCAAGGAUCGCGUGAAAAAUGCAGGCGCUACAAGUGUCAUGAAGGUGCUGAGCGAUGCGCUACAGAAGAACAUAAUGAAUCAGCAGGAGACGAUAUGGUAUAAAGAGCCAGAGAAAAGGCCAGAGAAGCAGCAGAACACGGAGAUUCGAAAGGAAGAGGAAAAGGAAGAUGCGAUGAAGGACGACGCGAAGAAGGAUGACGGCGAUGAAUCGCUUGUGAUACUGGAGGGCUUAAUGACGGAUCUGCCUGAGUAAUGGGAGGGGUCUGCAUGUCGGUAUUUGUUCUUUACGUGUAUAUGUACGGCAUGGCUUUGGCGUUUUGAGGUUGGGUUGGGCACCUGGAGGUUUAGCCAGGCAAAUAUACCACAUCUAUCAUAGACAUCAAUAUUGGAGCAAGGUUCAGAUCAUAAUCCACCCUGGGUACCGCCAAGCCUUCGCAACAACCCCCUUUCAAUCUACAUUCGC